AUGGCUUCCUCCAACCCUAGUACAUCGAAUGAAGACAACCAUGGAGCAUCGAUAGCUGAGUCUAUUAAGACAUUGUACGAGACUAAAGGGAAGGCGAAAGAGGACAAGGGGAAGGCAACCGCCGCGGCGAUGGAGGCGAUUAGUGGUGGGUUCGGUCCUAGUGGGAAGAGGAAAAUUUCAGACUAUUAUGGUGGCGACGCGGCGGUGGCAAAAGCUAAGGCCGAUGAGUCGCUCUGCCUCUUCUUUGCCGGCCUUCGUAUUCCCGAGCACCAUGCGGAUCACCCGCUCUUCCGCAACAUGUUGAGGGCGGUGGCUGAGGCAGGCCCUGGCUAUGUCCCCCCCGGCCGCAAGUACGUUGACGGUGCCGGCCUCCAGCAGUGCCGCAUUCGGAUCGAGGAGGGGUUGGGGCCCAUCAAGAAGACUUGGGGGAAGCAGGGUGUCACCAUUGCGAGCGACAUGAUGACCGAUCGCAGCGGGCGCGCACAGGCGAACGUGCUCCUGAUCAAUGACAAUGGGGGGAUGUUUACGGAGAGCAUCGACUAUGGGAAGGAUCAGAAGACGGGCACCUAUAUUGCGGACAUGUUACGGCCCAUCGUGGAGGAGGUCGGGCCCCAUAAUGUUGUGGCGCUGUGCACGGAUGGGGGGAGCAACUACCGUUCGGCGUGUCGGAAGUUGGGUGUGGAGUUUCCGCACAUUGAGCUGAUGCCAUGCCCCACCCACGUGAUUGACCUGCUGUUGGAGGAUGUGGGGAAGAUGGACUGGGCGAAGAAGCUUGUGGACAGGGGGAACGGCAUGAUAAACUUCUUACGCAAGCAUCAUUGGACCCGCGCGAUGAUGAGGGACCCGACGCUGCCUGGGGGUAAGGUGCUGCAGGCGUUGCGUCCAGCAGGGACUCGCUUUGGCACUCUGUACAUUGCGAUGUCGAGGUUGUGCGAGUUGGAGCAGAAGCUGAUUGUGCUCGUGACGGGCGACCUGUGGAAGGGGUGGGCGGUGGGGGACAGGGAGGAGGGGGCCGAGAAGUUUGCAAAGGAGGUGAUUGAUCCGGCUUCGUGGAAGUCCGCCGCCUUCUUUGUGAAGCUGCUGCAACGGCCCUAUCAGGUGAUGCGCAUGACGGAUUCGACUAGGCCUGGGAUGAUGGGCCGCAUGUACGACCUCAUGCUGUAG